CUUUUAUUGGAAAUUAGGUUUAUAUUUCUGAUAACGGUGUUGGGACAAUGUGGAAUUACGGACCUAUACAUCUUUUGCCAAAUCCCUGGCAAUUUUUGCUGCUCUCUUUUAAUAAUUUUAUGAGAAGAUUUACAGCAAUGAAUGUAUCUACAUUAUUUAUUUAUCGUUAUUUGACUGUUGUACGUGAAAUUGAUGUUAAAUUUAAACAUCAAUUAAUAUUAAUUUUUGUUAGUAUGAUAAUUCCUUUAGUAAUUUUACAUUUUUGUGCUUAUUUAUCAAACCAGCCAACUCCAGAAAACGAAUAUUUAACAAAUUUAGAGGUGGCAAAAAUAUUGGAAUUGGAUAAUUAUACAAUUAAAAAUUAUGUUGUUGGACUCAGAGCUAGAGUAAAUUAA